GAUAUUCUAUCAAAUACAUAUAUUCAUUUUUAAAAAAUGUUUAGCUUUUCAAAUAAGUUGUGUAGAUAUAAAAAAAAAUAAUUUCUGUCGUAUUGUAACCCCAACUUUCCGUUUGUAUAUUAAUUGACUGUGAAUUGAUUGAAAGAAAGAAUCUGAAAAAACAGACCUACCCAACUCAAAAUUUCUUGGUCAAUCAAAGCACAACAAAUAACACUUUUAAAGAGUGGCCAUAUUGGGAUCAUUUUUUGUUCGUCUGUUAUCAUUUUUGACUGAAAUGAACCUCUACCACAAAAACUUCAGCUAUUAAUUAAGCUUAUCUUUUAAGAAAUUAUUCCAAUGGAUUCGAGCAAUGUCGAUGCAUUUGUGUGUCAACUCCGUUUGGUCUCAUUGGUCAAGUGAUUUAUCACUUUCCCCUCACCUCUACCGUUUGGAGUUUCACUAGGGGCACAAAGUUGCUCAUGUGUCGAAGCCAUCUAACUGGGUUUCAGAAGAUAUGUUAUUCCACUUGGGUGCCUGUUUUGUCUUAAAUAUUCCUCAUCCUCUGCCGUUAAAUGUGCACACCUUCAGAUUAAUGUAGAACAAUCAAAAUUAAAAAUAAGACACUCAUCCCUCAGUAAUUAUAAAUACAAAAUAAAAACAAAGUGAUUCAGUGAGUUUUAGCAAGAAUUAAUUUGCAAAACCAUUCAUGUAGUCUUUAAAACAUACAGAAAAGCUAUCUACUGUCUUAGUCACACUGUAAAUGUUUAAGUUCUGUGUUAUUCUUAAAGAAAUGUUAACUUCAUGUAUAAUCAUAAGUGCAAAAAAAAAAAAAAAUACCCGCUCGCUCCAUGUAAAAGCUACCCGCCUCUGAAAAAAUCAAAAUUGAGAAAAAAAAAAAAAAAAAAAAAAUUCGCUCACUCGCUCCCAUUUUUUUUUUUGAAAAUUUUCCGAAAAACUAUUAAUCAAUUUGGUAUGGCCUGAAGGCCAGUAUGCGACCGUCCGAACAUAAAACAAGCACUUUGUGCAUGUUCACUUUAUGUUGAUGCUGUUUUCAAUUGGAUGGAAGUGUAAGAUAGGCUCAGUACCCAAGAACGUUUGAAACUUAACAAAUACACCUUUCUCUACUAUAAUAUGCCAUGAAUGAGUUGAUUUAUUUAAUAUAGGUUAGAGACAACAGUUUACUUAUUUCUUGGCAAAAUACACACUUUUUACAGGGUUAUAUUGCAAUCAAAUGAAGAAGAAGAAAAAAAGAACACCAAAAUUUUGGUUUAAGAUAUCGAAAUCCUUUGAGACUAAGUUCUGAUUUAUCUACGUUUUCAACUUUUCUCAGGACUAAUCUGUGAAUGCAUGUCACAUUAGCAUUUAUUAAAGAACUAAUUGGUGAAUGCAUGGCACACUCGCAUUUAGAUCUACCACAGGAGUGAUUUUUGAAUGCACGGCGCACCAGCAUUUACUACAGAAAUGACUUGUGAAUAUGUCCUGGGCAACAUGGUUGCAGUAAAGUACAAGAGGAGAUUGCUGUUAGCUCCAUUUGUUCUAUUUACCAUGUAUGUUCUAUUAACUGACAUGGAACCAAUAGCAUCGACUGAAGGAUGGAUGCAACUGUCUGCAGAUAUAACUAAUACCUCAAUAUAUCGCAAUAAGCGUUUAAAUACAAACGAUGGACACUGUAUUAUAACGGACAGCACAACAAGAAAACUCCAUUCAAUGGACUUCAGAGUGAUCGUUAUUACUUAUGAUAGGCCGUACCCUUUACUGAGGCUACUAGAAUCAUUAGACAGAGCUGAUUAUGGGGGAGACAGGGUAGUGAUUGAUAUCUGGUUAGAUAGGUCCAAAUUACAAUUGGUACACAACGAAACCUUACAGUCGGCUUUAGAUUUCAAGUUCAGCAAAGGGAGAUGUAAUGUAUAUGUCCAUCCAGUUCAUGUCGGGAUCACAGGACAGUGGCUUUCGACAUGGUCCCCUGCAUCGAAAUCAUCAGAAAUUGCUGUGAUAUUAGAAGACGAUUUAACAGUGUCUCCACACUUCUAUAGUUAUUUGAAACUUGUACAUCAAAAGUACGGCAACAGACGGGAUAUAUACGGGUUUUCCUUACAGGGCAGCAGUAUGAAACAUAGUGAUGGAAAGUGUUGUCUAAAAGUACCUUUAGAACACAAAGUGUUCCUUUAUCCAACUUUAGGUACUUCUGGGUUUUCCCCAAAGAGUCGAAAUUGGCUGCAAUUUCUAGCUUGGUUCAAGGAAGUAACAAGACAAAAUAUUGAUGUUAUUCCAUUUAUUGAAAACCAUAUUGCUGUCAAAUGGUAUAAAGAACUUGAAAGAAAAGGGAAGGCAGAUUCUAUGUGGGAGAUGGAGUAUUUGUAUUAUACUCAAAGCAAUAAAGAGUUUACGUUAUAUCCAAAUUUUCCAGACCAGCGAGGGUUUACUUUCAACUGGUUUGAAGAUGGUUUACAUUCUACUGGAGAAAGUAUAAAGGAUAAGAAAAUGGAAUACAACAGUCUUGUUAUGGAGUGGACUCUGAAUUAUGACCAGUUACCGGAUAACCCGAUAUACCUCGAUAACGACGGCAUUGUUAUAGGAUAGUAGCUGUCGAUUACCUAAUUUACGAGUUGCUAAAUUUCUUCAAGUAUCGGUGCUUUAUUUACAUGGCAAUGACGUCCAUUAUAUCAUUUUACGGACUGAGCAGACAAAACAUGCAUAUAAACCGAAACGGAUCGUAGCAUAGGUUCAUGCCCAGCUGACUAAGCAAUCUUAAAUGACACGCAUUAUUAGCCCUCUACUGGUCUUUCACAGGAGGAGAUUUAUGGUUUGCCCCUGUCCGUCCAUCAGUCAGUCCGUCGUCAUACAACAGUUAGUCUGCAAGUCAUACAAACUUACAAAGUCUGAUCUUGAAAUAACUUGAAACAUACAUAAAACUUCAUACAUAGGUAGAUGACAUUAUAGAAAAUAUGAGCGGAUAGUUAUUUAGUAGCUUUGGCAAAAAGUGUGGUAGCUAUGCCAACGGCUUAUCCAUAAAUAUGACAGAAAGUGGAUUCUGCGGUAACUUUAAAAUUGCAAGGGACUUUUGUUUCAAACAAUUUAUAACUCUUGUAGACUUGCUGCCAAACUUGUAUUAUGAUUUUUCAAGAUUUUUAUUACUAGGAAUAUACUUUCUGUGGAAUAAAUAAUGAGUUCUUCAUGCAUAGCAAUGCUUCCUUUCAGUCAAUAAACUGCUUAUUGAUUAUUCUUCCAGUUUCAUUUUAAAAUUGAAAUAAUAUCUUCUUAGAUCUGCGUGAGGCUUAAUAUUAACCAUAGAACAUAUCAUAUGCCUUCUUGUUUCUCUUUAGUUCUUAACCCCUUGUCAACUCCUCAUAAUAUUCUAUAUUCGAGCCUGCAUUGUGCACGAGUCUGUUUUCUGUAUUAUUAUUUAUUAAUCUAUUUACCAAUGUUCAGUCUAUGACAGACCGUUCGCAAAGGAACUGUAUUUGAACAGUACAAUAUUAUUUAAAGUGAGCAAUUAGAACGGACAUUAGAAUUGAUUGCAGAUUGUCACAUGUAAGCACAUAGAAAGCAUAUUUCAUUAUUACAUCAGGCCGUGCAUGUACUUGUAAUGCUGACAACUAUGGAAUGCCGCAGAUGCCUCUAUAUGGUAUUUCGUAAAAAUAAAAAUAUAUAAUGUGCUUUUUUUGCGAUGCACAUUUAUUCCUUUGUUAUGUCGACACAAAAAUUUUGUGUGCAUUUAUUAGUUUGUGUUGGUUAUUUGUAGAUAUUUUACUAUCGAUACAACAAUUUGUUCUGUGCGUUUAUUAGUAUGUGCUGUACAUUUUCAUACCCCACUUCGAAGAAGGAGGGGUAUACUGUUUUGCAGAUGUCGGUUUGUCGGUCGGUAUGUAGACCAAUCCGUUUCCGGGUGAUAACUCACAGCCCUAUUGAUUUUGAGAUCAGUAUGUCAAAGGUCAAGGUCACAGUGACCCGGAACAGUUAAACGGUUCCCGGAUGGUAACUCAAGAACGCUUGGGACUAGGAUCAUGAAAGUUGAUAGGGAGGUUGUUCAUGACCAGCAGACGACCCCUAUUGAUUUCGAGGUCAGUAAGUCAAAGAUCAAGGUCACAGUGACCCGGAACAAUUAAACGGUUUCCGGAUGAUACCUCAAAAAUGCUUUGGCCUAGGAUCAUGAAAGUUAAUAGGAAGGUUGAUCAUCACCAGCAGGUGACCCCUAUUGAUUUUAGGUCAGAAGGUCAAAGUUCAAGGUCACAUUGGCAAGGAACAGUUAAACGGUUUCCGGACGAUAACUCAAGAACGCUUUGGCCAAGGAUCAUGAAAGUUGAUAGAGAGGUUAAUCAUGACCAGCAGAUGACCCCUAUUGAUUUUGAGGUCAGUAGGUCAAGGUUACAGUGACCCGGAACAGUUAAACCAUUUUCAGGAGAUUACUUGAGAACGCUUCGGCCUAGGAUCACGGAACUUAAUAGGGAGUUUGGUCAUAACCAGUAAAUGACCCCUAUAGAUUUUGAGGUCAGUAGGCUAAAGGUCAGGGUCACAUUGACCCGGAAAGUUAAACCCUUUCUGGACGAUAACUUAAGAACGAUUGGGCCUAGGAUCACGAAACUUAAUUGGAGGUUGAUCAUGACCAGCAGAUGACCCAUGUUGAUUUCGAAGUAAUAGGUCAAAGGUCAAGGCCACAUUGAACCAGAACAGUAGACCUUUUGUUUACAAUGAGCAAAUAAUUUCUGUUCCUUGUGCAAUUACUGAAUACAUCAAGGGGGCAUUUCGUGUUCUACAAGCUCUUGUUUAAUUUGUUAUGUAGAUAGAACGAUUUGUUCUGUGUGUUUAUAAGUUUGUGGUGUACAUUUAUUAAUUUGUUAUCUUGAUACAAAAACAUUUCUGUGAAUUAACUUGUUGUUGAUGUACAUUUAAUAUUUUUAAACAAUUUGUUCUGUGCAGUAAUCAAAUAGUGCAGUUUUAAUUUGUUAAAUGAUACAACAAAGAAACAUGCCCCUGCAUAACCAGCCCUCCCCAAUAGCACUCCGCCCCCAUAACCCAGCCCCUGCCAGGCAGCAUCCCACCACAACUAUCCCCGCCAAACCAACCCCCAAAAUAUCCCCUAUACCCCUACCGUCAGUCUCCCACCGACAUGCGUCCCCAAAAUCAGUUUCAUAAAAACCGUCCCAUUACAAAAGAAAAACAACCCCGAACAAUGUAACUAGCCCCCCGACCACACAGCCAGCCCCAAAUCCCCGAUUACCAGCUGCCGACUCUUCAAACAACACCAAGCCCUCUCCCUAAACAAUCGAUAUAUCUUCCCUAACUAACCAAACACGCAUCAAGAGGCCCCCAAGCCCCCUCCUCAACAAGCUCCGAUCCCCACCAAACAUUUUUCAAAGUCCCCUCCCAAUAACCAACUCACGAUUCCCCAUCUAGCCAAAUCCCCAAUCAACCCAAACGAAACCAGUGCUCCGUAAAAAGUACAAAUAUCAGGCCCCUACAAACCCACAAAAAUAAUUUCACCCCACCCAAACCAUCAUUCACCACCUAGCCUCGCUGUGAACAAUCCCCUCAUCCGCCUUAAAGCAGCUACCUAGUCAAACUCCGCCGCAAUCCCCACCAAAACCAGGCUCCAGUCAUACCCCCACAAGACCAGCCCAUAGAGCCCCAUUCUUAAACCAGUAUUCUGGGCCCAUUCUAUCAGCCCCUUCCCCUCCUCCCUAGCAAGCCCUGAUUCCAGACGUCACCAACAGGUAAAUUCACAGAACAAAUAGUUUAUUUUUUUAAAUAAGAGAAACAGAAACUAUUGAAUGCAGCUAUCGGAUAGUGAUUUGUAUUUGACGAGUUAAAACACUAUGAAGAGGCUGCUGAUGAGUUCCAUAGUUAUAAGAAUACAAGCGCCCCUUGCUAUAAAAAUGAAACUUUGAAUUAUGCUUGAUUCGUUAUCCUUCCUGCUUGCUAACUUGUCUAAUGCCCAGUCUGUCUGAACGAUCUGUCAUAGAUUACACGGCGAUAUUAAAUAGAUCAAAGCGAUAUAAAAGAUGUAUUUAUCAUAACCUUGAACAGAAUAAUAAAUGCAGCUGAACGUAUUAAUAAAAGAUUUGACGAAUGGUAUGCACAAUGAAGAUGUAAAAUGAUUUGACGGAUGAUACACCAAGUAACAAAAUGAACAGUUGAUUGGCUAAAAGGAAGAAGCAUUACGAAACAAGGAGAAACAUUUCAUUAUUUCAAACAAAGCAUAAUCAUCCUUGUCAGUAAAAGUUCAAAUGUGAUAAGGCAUAUAUAAUUUUGGCAGUGAUUGUCCUCCUUACACAUACCUUACUAUUGAUUAUGCAAUGCUAUUGAGAUGUAUUUAUGAUGUAAAUUAGUUAUACAUGUAUUAUAAAAUAUUUUUAAACCAUAAAUUUUGUUAAACAGAGAAGAUGCUUAUGAUUUUAUUUUCUUUCUUUGUCCGUCCGUUCAUGCAUCUUUCUGUCCUCUCAGUCAGUAAUGGCGAAUUCUGUCAUCUUAAAACGUAAAUAAUACAUGGAUAGGUUGUAAUAUGAAGAAUGUACACAUUCUUUUAUUUUGUUGCUAUGUGAACAAAUGUGAUAGCUACGGCAAAACAAUACUUGAAAUAGUCGAAAACAUGAAAAAGGUUGAUUUUGCUAUACAUUAAAAAGUACAAGAGAUAAUUUCAAGAAAUUUCUUAAAUAUGUAGAUCCUAUUGUAGAAAAUAUGCACAUUAUUCUAUAUUCUGUAUUUUUCCUUCACUUGUCCAUCAGUCUGUCCUUUUUCAGGAUUCUGUUAUAACUUUAAACGUACAAGAGAUAAUUUCAUUAAACAUGAAACAUGUAUGGAGAACUACAUAUAAGAUAAACAGAUGAUUUUAUGCCUGUCUGUCCGUCUGUCUACCUGUCCACCGAUCAUUUACAAACAAAAGAUUCUUUGUUAACUUUCAAAGUACGCGAACUGUUUUCAUGAAAUUUGACUUUUUGUUGGUAGGCUAUUUAGAGAAUAUGCAGGUUUUUCAGUUAAAUUUCAGUAUAAAAUUAUCGUUCCUAUUUUGUAACAAAUAUGACGAAUGCCCCUUUCGGUAGGGGGUGCUUCUGGGAAACUGUCUUGUUUAUAAUACAUUCGAUGCACUUACGCUACGUUUAUUUUUUUUUUUUUUAAUAAAGUGUUAUUGUAACUGUAUUGCACGAAACCGGACAUCUAUGAAUCGCGGUCUGUGCAACAUUUACAAUGCGCGAGUCAGCAUUAUAAUAUUAAUGUACAUAAGUUUUCACAAUAUUAUGACUCGUAGAUCCAAGGCCUGUCAUAUUUACAUGUGGAGGAUUUAUUAAAUCGAAUUUCGAAAAAAAAACAUGUUAGUCGUUUUUAGUCAUCGAUUUGCAUAGGCACCACAUGACCAUACAGUUCAUAACCGCAUUAUGCUAAAUUCCAUACUAUUUGGUAAACAACUUGAUAAUUAUAAAAGAUACCGAGAGUUAAAAGUUUCCACAGGAAAACGUCUGUUAGCGCUUGCUCCACGUUUCUAAUUAUUUGUAAAUGUCGCUUUUUAUAACCAAGAUUUAUCUUAAUUGUUUUUAUCACCAAGAAAAGGAAGUAUAUUAUAAUUAAACAGCGAAUAUUUAUAGGUUAUUAACUUUGUAUGUGGAUAUAUGCACGAGUUCUGCAGCAGUAAUAUUGCGCGACUUUAGGAGGGCAAUAAUACCGCGAAAGAACGAGUGCAUAUAUCCACAUACAAAGUUGGUAACCUUUUUAUUACAUAGACAGUAUCAAAUAAUUAAUCUAAGUCUAAAUUAUCGUUUUGUGACGAAGGACAGAAAAAAUACGAAAAGAAUUUCUCCGAAAAUGUAAUAAACAAAUCAUAUUGACGCGCAUUAAUAUUUUCCGCGAAAAUGACGUCAAGUUGUUGUCGCAACGUGCGCGUGGACGCCAUAAGAAAACAUUCCACGUCCGAAAUGAAAGCGUUCCAUGUUAAUAUGGAAAAAUAUUGCACGAUCGCGGUCCACUGAAACUCAAUGGAAAAUAAUUUUAGGUAUGUAAUGAUAUUAUAUAUAUACAGUAUAACAUCUCCAAAUCUAAGAUGACCACAAUUGUGUUACUAUGAUUUUAAAACCAACAAAAAUCACCAUCAAGUACAUAAAAUAUUUAUCAGGUCAUCUAAAUAAUACAUUUCUCAUGACUUAAAGAUUGCACUUGAGAAUGAGAGCGAGCGUACACUUGAAAAAUAAUGUCAAACUCUACUUUCCCUUCGGUUGAUUGAUAUCAUAAUUUCCGCUAUGAAACAAGUGCACGCGACACAUUUAUUAAAUUAUUUCCACCUUUACUGUUUUAUGUUCAUGUAUUAUAAAAGGAACAAAAUAGAACAAAGUAUAGAAUUGCAUACGUAUAACAAUUGAAAUUCUUAACGUUCUUAAUAUUUUUCAAAGUUUUUAUUAUACAAAUGGUUGGUUUAUGAAACUGCACACGUGUUUAGAAAAGUACAUUGAUAGUAACAUUUAAAAGAUCUUCAAAAUAACGUUUUGCAAUGGUGUCGCUUUAUUCCUUUACUGUUCUAUUUUUGAAGUCAUAGAUAUUUUCAUUUUCAACGACAAGGAUGUAAGAUAUCAAGUCAAAUUCAAAUGUGUACGCGUAUGUGGAUGUGUGGGAGGGCAAGAAAGGAGCAGUUCAACUUUCGUUUAACAUUCUUUUUAGAAAGGAAAAAAAAAAACCUGUCUAUUCUUAAUAAUUGCGAAGUAUUUAGUAUUCUUCAUCUUUUUUACAGGUGAAAAGUUCUAUCACGUUGCAUAUAGUCAUUCUGUUAUAUACGUUAAGUUUCUUACUAUAUCCUUAAUGAUUAUAUUUGUAUUUACAGUUUUGGUCUUAUUAUUUUCUACUAUAUUUUCAUCUAGUAAAAUAAUUACAAAAAAUCGUGUUAA